UCAACAUAUUAUUAUUCUCCUUAAUAACAUCAUGUACAUCAUCAUCCACUAACUAACUAACUAACUAACUAACUAAAACCACGAGUCAAAGUCGAACCUUCGUUAGUUAUUUUGCACUUUAAAAAACACACAUCGGCAUCAUCACCAUCCAAAUCCAACCAGUCAGUCACAUCACAUUUAUAACAUUUUAGUUUGCAUUACAACACACAUUGCAUGAAAGUAAGUAACGUCAACAAAGAGAAAUUUCAAUCCAACUGCAUCCAUCCACCAAAUCCUAGGAGAGCCGACUCGCAACUCGAGGCUUUUAAACCAGCUCCUCAGUUCUGUUACCAAGCAAGCCCAGGCUGAAAAGUGCAGUUGGUUUGGUAGCAGCAGGAAAUGGGAAGGUUAGGUUUUUAGCCAAUCCAUUUCAUUUGAUGGCAUGUAAAGAUCAGCUGCUGUUGUGCUGGCACUAAGGCUUUUAUACAUUUCUUCUCUUCUCUUCUCUUACCUAGUAACUAGGCGAGAAGGAGGAACGAGUCCCGUUUAAUACCAGCAGCUCAAAGUAAAGAAAGAAGCAGUAGGGACCCGGCUUCUCUGCCCAAAAGUGCUAUCUCAUUCCCUGCUCCUGGAAAGAUAAGAUAAGAUAAGAUAAGGUUACUUUCUCCUAAUAGUUUCCAACGGAAAGAGAAAGUUGUGAUAAUGAGGUCAAAGUCGUCCUCAUUUUCGGGCGAGGUGUCGUCCUCCGGGGCAGGGGGAGAUGUACGGAAGUUGGUUUUUAUUGGGGAUGCCGGGGUGGGGAAGACGUCCCUGCUAAGUUCUUAUCGGAAAGGGGAGUUUCACGAUAAUGAGAAGGAACCCACACCGGUGCUGGAAGGUUUUACAAAAUCUGUUUCUGUACAAGAGAAAGAUCACGUUUGUCUCUUGUGGGAUACGAUUGGAUCUACAGACUUUGAAAGACUAAGGCCACUCUCUUAUCCUAAGACUGACUGCUUCGUAAUCUGUUUCGCAAUAAAUGAUCGGACUUCAUUCGAUAAUUUGAAGACGAUUUGGAUCCCAGAGAUUGGACUGCAUUCGCCAGAUGUGCCGUAUAUCUUUGUCGCUACCAAAACGGACAUCAAAAAAUCAAUGGAACCAUUAUCAUCCAAACCAUGUACUAAAUCAGAAGAUCUCACUACCACCCCACCCUCUACGAUUCUAAAUAUUGAAGAAAUUAUGGCCUAUAUCACUUCGACGGAUGGACUGGAUUAUGUCGAAUGUUCCUCGCAUGAUUUGGUCAGUGUGGAAAAUAUUUUAAAAUCCGCAGUGAAAGCCAUUCUCACGCAUGAGGAGAAACUGAAAGCUAUCGAGGAGGCAAAUAACUCGAAAUCUUUUUGCGUCAUUUGCUAAGAAGAGUAAAUAAGAAUGAUAACGACAACUUUCUCCACUUUCUCCGCUGCACAUGUGCAGUUAAAAUUAA